AUGGCCAAGCAGCCAUGCCCAGAGAUGGCCCUGCCAGCCCAGGCGACAGCUGUGGACAAGACUGAAGCCCCUCUGCUCCGGACUACCCGCCAUGGCUCCCAGCCCCCAGCCCAAGGCACCGAGGAAGGCAAACCCCCGCUCCUGCACUCCCGCCGCAGCUCCAUCCUUAGCACCCACCCAGGUCCCCUGGCCAGCCGCCGCAGCUCACUGGGAGCAUCCGGGCUCCCCCUCUUCCAGCCCAUCAUCAAAACCCGCCUCGAAAACACUUACAGGAUGGGGCCGGAUGAAGGCCGUAAGUUCAACGCAGGGCGGGUGCAGCGGGUGCUGGAGGGGACCCUGGCCAGCACCCUGGGAGCAGCAGUGUACAGCCCCCAGGGCAGCACCCUGCUCGCCCAGAGCCUGGCAGAGCUGCUGCGGAGCCAUGCAAAGGAGGUGGUGCCACCCCGCUACAAGCUGGUCUGCCAGGUGGUGCUGGGCCAGCAGAACCAGCAGAGCCUGCUGGUGGCCAGCCGGGCACUGUGGGACCCUGAGAGUGACAGCUUUGCCUCUGCCACCUUCUCCAACAGCUCCCUCUUUGCCGUGGCCACAGUGCAUGGGGUCUACUUUGAGUAG